AUGGAUGAAACUGGCAUCUCAAUAGUCCAAGAACCUGGAAAUAUACUUGCUCCAAAAGGACACAAACGAGUUGGAUCUAUAACAAGUUGGGAACGAGGCAAAAAUGUUACUGUUAUUUGUACCAUUAGCGCAUCUGGAUCCUAUAUACCUCCAGUCUUUAUUUUCCCUAGGAAAAGGAUGGACAACAAACUAACAAGGAAUGGUCCUCCAGGUGCUCUGUACGAAUGCUCAAAAAAUGGGUGGACUAAUGAUGAAAUAUUUUUGUCAUGGCUCAAACAUUUUUCAAAUUACUGUAAACCUACAGCUGAAAAACCAGUUUUAUUAAUUUUUGAUAAUCAUGGAAGUCAUAUUACACUUGCUGCUUUUCAGUAUUGUAGAGAUAAUUACAUAGUAAUGUUGUCUUUACCACCUCAUAGCUCUCAUAGAAUACAGCCAUUAGAUGUUACAUUCUUUGGGCCACUGAAGGCAGCUUAUGGAAGAGAAUGUGAUUGUUUUAUGAAAAGUAAGGCUAUGGUCAAAAUCAAUCCAUAUGAUUUAUCAGAAAUUUUUAAUAAAGCCUACUCAAAUGUAGCUUGUAUCCAAAAAGGUGUCUUAGGUUUUUCAGCCACUUGA